GAACCGUUGUUCCGAGAUAAUUAAUCCAGACUCUAUACGGGUAUCCUCUUUCUGGAGAGUUACGAUCAACCUUGGACUUCGCAUGCGCUGUUCGUGUCAACACUGCAUUCCCUACUCCUGUGAAGGGUCGCACACGUAAACAAGAACUCUGAUAUCAAUAAUGCACAAAUACAAUAGUGAGUGAGGGAUAAGGACAUGGCAUUUACGACGCACAGCUUGUAUCCGCCAUCCGUAAGAUUGCAGCCUUGGUAAUUAAUAGCAAUAAGAUUGAUGGUGUUGUGCGGCAUGGCACUGCACUGCACUGCGCUGGGCUGCUGUAGAAAAUCAUCGCUGCCUCGCGCCUCGCGGGGGGUGAAAGUGGAUGGCGAGGGGAAGAGUGGAUGGAAAGCGACGCAUUUUCCCUGGAGCCCGGCUUACUGCAGUUGUCAACAGCCCAUUUUCACAAUCAGUAUAGUGUACGGAGAUUUUGCUGCACCCGAGACUUGGAAGGGUUAAGAAGGGACGGUCCUCGGCGACCAUCCAGCGCGACACCUGCAGGUAAUGCUAGAACGGUUACAUUUUACGGAGCACAUCUUCUUUGCACAGCAGAAAAUAAUGCACCCAACCCUUUUCCCUACGAUCUUCAGGAUGCAUCGAAUCCUUGUACCGCGGUGAGCACUGGGAAGGAUUUGUUUCCUGGUCCAUUUUUGCUUUUUGCUUUUUGCAAUUUAGCUGGUUCGGAGUACCCCACCUCCCUGCCCAUGGCCGCGACAUGGUUAGGAUGAACACCACGCGCAGGGUCCCAGGUUUAACUUUCAGAAGACCCGUAGACCUUUUCCCGCGGUUGCCAAUGAUACAGCAGAACGACGGCGUGGGAAGUUGGCACCGUGAGCAUCCAAGGACAGCUAAGGAUAAUGCCCGGAGAUCGAGCGAAAGUUUGAUCGCUGAGCAAACUAUGAACGGUCGAACGGCCGCGAGCAUACGGGCCUGGCUGGCAAACUACCGUGGACAAGAUAGACUAAUCAGAACUCUAAAUCCAAACGCUCCAGUCCAAGCCAUCCAGUCGAUCUUUUCAACUUGUGCGGCAUUCACGUUCUUACCAAACUUUGCUGACAAGCUCGCUCUCGGGGGACGUUAGGCGUUGCACCAAAGUGUGAUGGCUUUGCCUUAGAUGGGGAGGGCAGGAGGCAUUUCGGCAGGAUUUCAGCGGUCUUAUCGAUUUCUUACUUUGUCGAGACUCUUUCUGGCCCUCGGAUGAACAGGAUAAAUCGACCAGGAAUGCGGACACAAUAGCCAAAGACAGUGGUCCGGUCGACGACUCCACGCAGCACGCUAUAUUCUCAUGGUCUCCAUGGCCCUCCAUGAACAAUUCGAUCCAUUCGGAGGCUUUUCAAGGGAGAUCAAUUUCAAGGGGCUUGAUUGUACCGGGCAGGCUCUUUGGCACACACGACAUGCAAUGCACUCAGAACUAUAAACCAAUAGACAAAUAAACAAUAUUAGAAUAAUUAAAUGCUUCCCGGGCGCUCGUGGUGCACAAAAAUCCCAAGAAUUAUUCUCGAAGGCGGUAGGAAACACAUCUCUACUGCAGGAACCCAUUCGUAACAUCAUUUUGCAACCACUUCACAGCAAAUCAUGUCCCAAAGAUGCUCCCAAUCUCCACACUUCCAAGCAUUGAUAUUAUGCUCGAGCUAUCAAUGACCGGAAAGGUUCGCGCUUAACAUUGGACGAGCCGCUCUCCUGGGAACGACUGGGAAUUAUAUGAAUUAUGUGAGCUUGACGGUGUCUGUUAUGCCUGUCAUGCAGAGACAAUAUAUUGUGAAUGAUGCUACAUGUUUUGAGUAAUGAAAUGUACAAAGGCACACCGCUGGAGAGAGCAUACAUGAUGCACAUUUCUCGGAAUCGCUUCUGGUGGACCACUCAUCAAAGGUCUUCCAGGAAAUCGGUUAGAUCUCGGAAGAAUCAACUGUAUGUAACCUUUUAAUUCCCACAUCCACCUGGGUACAGUCGUAUCUGUGUGGAUGAUCACGGUGGUCGUUGUAUCUGGUGCAAAGAGCUGAACACUCGGAAAUGCUGAAGCCUUGAUGGGUAGCUGGAAUGGUUAGCUGAAUGGGUACGCUUUGUUCUGUAUGCAGGAACUCGCAAAGAUUUUGUGCUCCACGGAUUACUUCUCGAGGAAAGUUGAAGCGUGCGGAAGACUCUGGAUACGAUGACACAGGUGUUAGUUCCAAAAUGAUCAAUAAUAUUGUCUCCAGUUGGUGCCCACACCUAUCUGCCGUUGACCCACGACUUCAGCCGCUAUAUCUUGGCCGCCCAACGGGGGGAUGAUUGCUGAACGGCCACUUGCAAGAGUUGCACGAAUCGUGGAAUUUUGUGCAAGACAUUUUGAAAGUUAGGAGACGGAAGCAAGCGUUGUAUCGUACGCGUCAAGCUACGGAUGUGUCUUCCGUGCGGUACGAUGUCUAAUCCAGUCUAGUCUAUCGAGAGAGGGUUCUGGCUUCCCGUUUCUAGUUGUCCAGGGAGAUGAUGGGUAUGAUGGAAUACGAUAUGAUGAUGAUGGUGGUGGUGAUAAAAGCACAACCAUUGAAAUGCACACUCACGACUCCCUUGACAUCGUCGAUGCAGACAUGUCAAUUUUGAUAGCCCAAGCCAUUUCUAAUAGAAUUCGAAUUAGACUUUCCAAUCUGGACAUCCUUCGGUGAUAUCCUUAAUGAAAUGAGAUGAUCUCCUCCCAUUCAUCAUGUAUAAGGCAUGCAAGGAAAGUUUGAUUGUGGAUGUGCUCCUAGGAGUUUCCUGUUAUGAAAAGAGGACGGGAUUAGGAUCAUUUGCAAUGUGCAGGGUGGGAAUUGAUAAUUGGGGAGACAUGGAGCAUGGAGCAUGGAGCGUGGCGCAUGGAGCCUGGAACCAAACUUAUUACAUCGUAGAGGAAAGGGCA